GAUGUGGCCUUCCAAUUUUUCAGCGUAUCCCAUGGGCAACAGUACAAGCAGGCUGUACAGCGCUCUCGCAAAGACUUUGAGCAGCGGUUCGGUCUCCAAACAUCAGGAAUACUUAGAACACCCAGACUCCGAACUCCUGGAUCCUAUAGAUCCUAAGGAUCUCCUUGAAGAAUGUCAAGUGGUGCUUCAGAAACGUCCUGCCCGGCUCCAGAGAGACUUUGUGAACCUGCGGACCAAUGUUGCCAAAAGCCACCAACCCAUUAGAAUAAUGCAGUGGAAUAUACUUGCACAAGCCCUCGGGGAAGGCAAAGACAACUUUGUUCAGUGCCCUAUGGAAGCCCUCAGAUGGGAAGAAAGGAAAUGUCUCAUUCUCGAAGAGAUCCUUGCAUACCAGCCAGACAUCCUGUGUCUACAAGAAGUGGAUCACUAUUUUGACACCUUUCAACCACUCCUUAGUCGAAUGGGAUACCAAUGUACUUUCUUCCCUAAGCCAUGGUCUCCAUGUUUAGAUGUGGAAUGUAACAAUGGGCCAGAUGGCUGUGCCUUGUUCUUUCUUAGAGACAGGUUUACUCUAAUCAAUAGCACCAACAUUAGGCUGACCGCCAUGAAGCUAAAAACUAACCAAGUAGCCAUCGCUCAGAUUCUAAAAUGUAAUGAAACCGGCAAACUAUUUUGCAUUGCUGUCACUCACUUGAAAGCACGUAAUGGCUGGGAAAGAUUUAGAUCCGCACAAGGAGCUGAUCUUCUGCAGAAACUGAAAAGUAUCACCCAAGAGGCUGAGAUUCCUGUCAUUGUUUGUGGAGAUUUCAACGCUGAGCCCACUGAAGAGGUUUACCAAGAAUUCUCAAACUCCAGUCUGAACUUGAAUAGUGCUUACAAGCUGCUGAGUGCUGAUGGGCUGUCAGAACCCCCAUACACAACGUGGAAGAUCCGCCCCUCUGGAGAAUGCAGGCACACACUGGAUUAUAUCUGGUAUUCACAACAUGCCUUACAAGUGAAUGCUGCUCUCAGUCUUCUAACUGAGGAACAAAUUGGACCCAACAGGCUACCAUCUUUCAAUUACCCUUCAGACCAUUUGUCUCUAGUGUGUGACUUCAGCUUUAGUGAAGAUCCUGACAGGCUUUUAUAGUUUAGGUUAAAUUUGAGGGAUUUUUAAAA